AUGGCUUCCCACAACAGGAGAUUGAACUGUUUCACUUUUUCUUGCUGCAUCAUUGUCCUGCUGGUUCCCCUCGUGGCUACAAGGCCACAACAGCCUUCAGCGGCAUCCAGAGUACAUGAGGAAUACAGCACAUUCCAGGUGGAAAACCCUGAAUGGACCUUUAACCAUCUUGCGGUGGACCACAGAAAUGGGAAUGUGUACCUUGGGGCUGUGAACCGCAUUUACAAACUCUCACCUGGGUUGGAUGUACAGGUGUCACAUCAGACUGGCCCAGAUGAGGAUAACCGGAACUGCUACCCGCCCCGAAUAGUGCAGCCUUGUAGCGAACCACUCACGUUAACCAACAACGUCAAUAAGAUGCUGCUUAUGGACUACCGUGAGAACCGGCUGUUGGCUUGCGGCAGCCUGUACCAGGGUAUUUGCAAACUCCUCCGUCUGGAUGAUCUUUUUAAGCUUGGAGAGCCCUUCCAUAAAAAAGAGCACUACCUCUCUGGUGUCAAUGAGAGUGGCUCCGUUUUUGGGGUCAUUGUGUCUUACGGUGACGCUUCACCUGAUAAGCUAUUCGUGGCCACAGCUGUCGACGGAAGACCGGAGUACUUCCCAACAAUAUCCAGUCGUAAGCUCACCCGUAACUCUGAGGAGGAUGGGAUGUUCGCCUACGUCUUCCACGAUGAAUUUGUUGCCUCCAUGAUUAAAAUCCCAUCGGAUACAUUCACGGUGGUACCAGACUUUGACAUCUAUUACAUAUAUGGGUUUAGCAGUGGAAAUUUUGUGUAUUUUCUCACAUUGCAACCCGAAAUGGGAGGAGGCCCAACGACUGGGUCAUCCUCGGCCGGGCGUGAACAGGUGUACACUUCCAAACUAGUGCGACUUUGCAAGGACGACACUGCGUUUAACUCAUACGUUGAGGUUCCUCUUGGUUGCGUUAAGGGUGGGGUUGAGUAUCGCCUACUGCAGGCGGCCUACCUUUCCAAGGCAGGUACCAUUCUGGCACGUUCGCUGGGCAUAGGACCCGAUGAUGACAUCCUUUAUGCUGUGUUCUCCAAAGGACAGAAAAGGAGGCCCAAGGAGUCAUCUCAGGAGUCGGCUCUAUGUGUGUUCACGCUCAAAGAAAUUAAUGAAAGAAUUAAGGACCGGCUGCAGUCGUGCUAUAAAGGAGAGGGAACCCUGGAUCUUGCUUGGCUCAAAGUUAAAGACAUCUCAUGCAGUAGCGCACUCCUCACCAUCGAUGACAACUUCUGUGGUCUGGAUAUGAACGCCCCACUCGGCGUCUCAGAGAUGGUGCGUGGAAUUCCACUGUUCUCCGAAUCCAAUGACAAAAUGACAUCAGUUAUCGCCUACGUGUACAAGAACCACUCUCUGGCUUUUGUGGGGACCAAAGGGGGUCGUCUGAAAAAGAUUCGAGUAGAUGGUCCUACCUAUGGCGCUUUACAGUAUGAAACCAUCCAAGUUGUCGACAAUGGGCAGAUCCUGCGAGACAUGGCCUUCUCUUCAGAUCAGCACUUCUUGUAUGUGAUGUCAGAGUCACAGCUGACCCGUGUCCCAGUGGAGGCCUGCGAGCAGUAUUCAUCCUGUAAAGAGUGUCUGGGAUCUGGAGAUCCUCACUGUGGCUGGUGUGUGCUUCACAGCAUGUGCACUAGGAAGGAGAAGUGCGAACGGUCAUCCGAGCCUCGUCGUUUUGCCUCGGACAUAAAGCAGUGUGUGAGACUCAGCGUUCACCCCAACAACAUCUCCGUGUCUCAAUACAAUGUCAUGCUAGUUCUGCAGGCACAUAACGUGCCAGAACUUUCUGCAGGGGUCAACUGCACCUUUGAGGACCUGGCGGAGAUGGAUGGUCUAGUCGAGGGGAACCGCAUUACCUGCAGCUCUCCUGCGGAGAAGGAAGUCCCACGCAUCGUCAUAGACCAAGGUGACCAUCAGAUUGUCCAGCUCUACCUCAAAUCAAAGGAGACGGGACUAGCUUUCGCCAACACUAGUUUUGUCUUCUACAACUGCAGUGUACACAAGUCGUGUCUAUCCUGUGUUGGAAGCCCAUACCAGUGCCACUGGUGCAAAUAUCGUCACACGUGCACCCAUGAUCCGAGCAGCUGCUCUUUCCAGGAGGGUCGUGUCAAACAGCCAGAGGAAUGUCCUCAGCUGCUUCCAGCGGAUCGUAUCCUGGUUCCAGUAAACAUAGUGAAACCCAUCACCCUUCGGGCCAAGAACCUGCCCCAGCCACAGUCGGGCCAGCGUGGGUACGAGUGUUUACUCACCAUACAAGGAGUGGAACAGAGAGUUCCCGCCCUCCGCUUCAACAGCUCCAGUGUACAGUGCCAGAACACAUCGUACUUGUAUGAUGGGAUGGAGAUGAGUAGCCUCCCUGUGGAUCUGACGGUCAUCUGGAACGGAGACUUCAGCAUUGACAACCCGGCCCAAAACAAAGUGCACCUAUACAAGUGUGACGCACGGCGGGAGAGCUGUGGACUCUGUCUGAAGGCAGACCCUCUGUUCGGCUGUGUGUGGUGUAAGGGAGAGAACCGUUGCUCUCUGAAACAGCACUGUCCUCACCCGCAGAGCAUGUGGCUCGAGCACAAUGGCAUCAAUAGCAAGUGCACGCACCCCAGAAUCACAAAGAUCACCCCACUUCGAGGGCCGCGUGAAGGUGGAACACUGGUGACUAUUCGUGGCGAGAACCUGGGACUGGAGUUCAGUGAGAUUAAGGACUAUGUGAAGGUUGCAGAUGUGGAAUGUACGCCAGUACCCGAGGGAUAUAUACCAGCAGAACAGAUUGUGUGCGAAAUGGGAAAAGCGGAAAGAAGCCAGUUUGCUGGAAAUGUCCAAGUGUGCGUUGGAGAGUGUCGUCCCGAGUUCAUGGCCAAGUCGUCUAAGUACUACUACUUUGUGAUCCCUAGAUUGUCGAGUUUAAAGCCAAACCGAGGGCCAGUAUCUGGGGGCACCAUAGUUAACAUCACCGGCAGCAACCUGGACGCGGGCAGCAAUGUGUCAAUCAUGUUCAAAGACCAGAAGUGCACCUAUCAAAGGAGAGGAGGACAGUGGAUAACAUGUCGUUCUCACGCCUCCAUGCAAGGCUACGGAAAUGUGUCUGUAUCAGUGUUUGUGGAUAAAGCCCACAUUCACAAAGAUCUCAAGUUUGAGUAUGUGGAGGACCCCACUAUCACCAAACUUGAACCCGAGUGGAGCAUUUUCAGUGGCAACACACCAGUGACUGUGACUGGGACAAACCUGGACAUCAUCCAGACUCCUCUCAUCAGAGCCAAGUAUAAGAACUUGGAGACGGUCAACAUAUGUCAGGUUCUGAGUCCCACCAUUAUGCAGUGCAUGGCCCCAGAGCUUCCCUACAGUCUAAGCAGGCAGAAGGAAGUGCCAGAGAGACCUGAUGAGUUUGGCUUCAUCCUGGACAACGUUCAGUCUGUGCUGGCCUUCAACAACACCAACUUUAUCUACUACCCAAAUCCAGUGUUUGAACCGCUCAGUGUGUCUGGGGUCCAGGAACUCAAGCCAGGGUCCCCCAUCAUUCUCAAAGGUAGAAACUUCCUCCCUCCAGCCCCGGGUGGCAACGGGAAGCUGAACUACACUGUUCUGAUUGGAGACAAACCUUGCACCUUAACUGUAUCAGAUACUCAACUGCUAUGUGAAUCGCCCAAUCUGACUGGACGCCACAAGGUUCUGGCCCGUGUUGGUGGCAUUGAGUUUUCGCCAGGUGUGGUCCACAUCACCUCUGACAGCCCCCUCAGCAGCACCGCCGUUAUUAGCAUUGCUGGGGCAGGAGGCCUCCUCAUCUUCUUCAUCGUCAUUGUCCUCAUUGCCUACAAGCGCAAAUCCCGUGAGAGUGACCUCACUCUCAAGCGCCUGCAGAUGCAGAUGGACAACCUGGAGUCCAGAGUAGCCUUGGAGUGUAAAGAGGCAUUUGCAGAGCUGCAGACAGACAUUCAUGAGUUGACCAGCGACCUGGACGGAGCUGGUAUUCCAUUCUUGGACUACCGCACAUACACCAUGCGAGUUUUGUUCCCUGGCAUCGAAGAGCACCCUGUCCUUAGAGACCUGGAGGUGCCAGGUUACAGACAGGAACAGGUGGAGAAGGGCCUAAAACUGUUUGGACAGCUUAUCAACAACAAGGUUUUCCUGCUGUCCUUCAUCCGAACUCUUGAGUCUCAGAGAGGCUUCUCCAUGCGAGACCGCGGCAACGUCGCCUCCUUGAUCAUGACCGUUUUGCAAAGUAAACUAGAGUAUGCAACGGACGUGCUCAAACACCUGCUGUCUGACCUCAUUGACAAGAACCUGGAAAGCAAGAACCAUCCCAAACUCUUACUCAGAAGAACGGAGUCUGUGGCUGAGAAAAUGCUCACAAAUUGGUUCACUUUUCUGCUAUACAAAUUCCUCAAGGAGUGUGCCGGGGAGCCCCUCUUCUCUCUAUUUUGUGCCAUAAAGCAACAAAUGGAAAAAGGCCCCAUCGACUCUAUCACCGGAGAAGCCCGCUACUCACUCAGUGAAGACAAGCUCAUCAGACAGCAAAUUGAUUACAAGACUCUGGUGGUGAACUGCUUGCAUCCAGACAAUGAGAAGAGCCCAGAGGUGCAGGUGAAGGUGCUGAACUGUGACUCCAUCAGCCAGGUGAAGGAGAAGAUCUUGGAUGCCAUCUACAAGAACGUCCCCUACUCGCACCGACCAAAAGCCUCUGACAUGGACCUAGAAUGGCGUCAAGGCAGAGUAGUACGAGUCAUCCUUCAGGAUGAAGAUGUUACGACAAAGAUUGAGGGUGACUGGAAAAGACUCAACAUGCUGACUCACUACCAGGUGACUGAUAAUGCAGUGGUAGCUCUCGUAUCAAAGCAGGUCACCGCAUACAACUCUGUGAACAACUCCACUGUCUCCAGAACCUCUGCUAGCAAAUAUGAAAACAUGAUCAAGUACACGGGCAGUCCGGACAGCCUGCGUUCCCGCACACCCAUGAUCACACCUGACCUGGAGAGCGGCGUCAAGGUGUGGCAUCUGGUGAAGAACCAUGAGCAUGGAGACCAGAAGGAGGGAGACCGUGGCAGCAAGAUGGUCUCGGAGAUCUACUUGACCAGGCUGUUGGCCACCAAGGGCACUCUACAGAAGUUUGUGGAUGACCUCUUUGAGACCAUCUUCAGCACAGCACACAGAGGAAGUGCCCUUCCUCUUUCUAUCAAGUAUAUGUUUGACUUCCUGGAUGAGCAGGCCGACAAGCACAACAUACACGACCCGCACGUCAGACACACAUGGAAGAGCAACUGCCUACCUCUACGGUUCUGGGUGAAUGUGAUCAAGAACCCACAGUUUGUGUUCGACAUCCAUAAGAGCAGCAUCACGGACGCCUGUCUGUCUGUGGUGGCACAAACAUUCAUGGAUUCGUGCUCAACGUCAGAGCACCGCCUGGGCAAAGACUCCCCCUCUAACAAGCUGCUGUAUGCCAAGGACAUUCCCAGCUACAAGAACUGGGUGGAGAGAUAUUACUCCGACAUUAGUAAGAUGCCUGCGAUCAGUGAUCAGGAUAUGAACGCAUAUCUAGCAGAACAGUCCCGUAUGCACAUGAACGAGUUCAACACCAUGAGCUCCCUCAGCGAGAUCUACUCUUAUGUGGGCAAAUAUACAGAAGAGAUUGUGUCUGCGCUGGAGCAGGAUGAUGGUGCCAGAAAACAGAGACUGGCCUAUAAGCUGGAGCAGGUGGUCGCCUUCAUGAGCCUGGAGAGCUGAGGACCACAUUUCCCAGAGUGCACUGGGAGAUCCAUCAGAAACCGAGCCGUGCCUGAUUGAAGACCUGUUCAUCUAUCUCAUCUCUUCUGUUUGCAAUCUUCCCACAAAAACAAGCGUUUGCAUCGUAUUAGCUCUGCUUUCUAGAAGAGUAGAGAUGGGAACUGGAGGGUGGGCGGAGGAGCCAAGGACUACAUUACCCAUGAUGCAGUAGAGUGGGUGGCCAUCCGGCUCUGCUGUGUAGAGGAGGGGUGGCUGCCUACGAGUUCCACGUCACUGCAUCCUCCAUCCUUCUCCCUGACUGGAAAAGAGAAAAAAAAAUUCUGUUGCCUUCAAAGUUUAGCUGAUAAGCAGAAACCACAAUGUUUGGUGUCAAUUUGUUCUGACUUUUAUGACUAAUAUUGAGUCCAGUUCAUUGUAGUACCUUUAUGAAACACUGAAACGCAAGACGAAAAAAAUGGUACUGCAUGAAUCUGAAGAAUGCAGUUCAUUCGGGCCAUUUCAAAAGACACAACACCUUGAUGACACUGGAUUUACGGGACACACAAGAUCAUUUAUACGCUUUGAUAAAAGAACAAUCAAGCCUUGAGAAUCCCAACCGCUUAUUCUCACUUUGAAGACAGUAAGGUGUAUUUAAAACCCUCUACAUUUAGCGGGACACAGCAAGUUAGUGCAUCAACUCUUUUGUCUCUUCCGGGACCUUACCUGACAGUGAAACUGAAAGACGAGACCUAUCGUCUUGUGGGAUACCCACAUCUUCACCACUUCACCACCAGCCUUCAUUUCGGCAUUUAUCCGGCUUGUGCACAUCUGAAUUGAUCCUCUCUUAUCUAGAUGAGUGGAGGAGAAGCCAAGGUUCGUUCCCCUUAGAAUCAAGCACACACACACCCCUCUUCCAGAGAGCGACGCCUUCUCUCUGUACUCCAGCGAGGUUGUCAGGACCUACGCUGUGCUGCAAGAGGACGAAGUAAUCUUAACAACAAAAAAGCACAUUCAAUAGGUGUCUCAGUUCACACAUCCAGUAGGGGGACCUUAAUUACAAAAUAUCCUACUCAGAAUUAGCCGGUAAAAGGGGGAAAUGGCGCAUUGUUGAAAGUGCACACGUGCAGCCUGCACUGUUCACUGCCACAGGGUCCUACCCGUAACGAACACUGGAAGCCUCUAGAAAAACUCACACGUGGACAAAGUUGGUCAGCAGAAAACCAAAGGAGCCCAAUUUAAAAAAAAAAUUAAAAUAGCAAAGCGAAUAAAUUACCCCUGAGAAAGCAAACACAAGGCACUGUUUGUUUUAUGACCUGCAGAAGGAAACUCCGUCUGCAGCCUCAUAUUUGUUACUGUCCAUUAUUCUGUGUGAAGAAUAAUGGACAGUAGACCAUUAUUUGGUUAUUGCACAACUGGGAAGGCGGAAAGAAAUCCCGAUUUGAAGUUUAAGGGCUUGCUGUAGU